AUGCCUCCAAGGCCGGGCGAACAGGAACUGCAGGCGUUUCAGAUCAGCAGCGCAGGGGCGGCCCAGCGCGAAGUCAACCUUUCACGGAUCGCAAGCAGCACUGCCACCUUGGAGGCUAGUGCCGCGGAGUGGCGAGAGGAAUGUCAGCUGCUGCGGACGCAGAUGCAGGCGCAGAAUCGACGCCAGCGAAUGAUAAUGGUGCUAAUGCUCCUGGGCUGCGUGCUGCUCAUGAUGAUCCUUUAUUUUUCGGAGGAGCAGAAGGUCAAAGAACUCCAAAAAGAUGAUGUGAAGCUUAAGGAGGAACUGGAUGGUUUGAAGAAGAACAUCGCCAAUGGCACCCGCACCCUGCUGCGCGGAGGUGCAGCUCACCAAUCAGACAUUGACGUUUCGCUCGUGGCGAAAGAUGCUGCAUCAGAAAACUGGGGCAUGAUGGGGCAUGCCUGUUGGUGGUUCAAUGGACGACGAUGGAUUGAACUGCCCGAGCCAAAGACGGACACGACAGUGGAGUCCAUCAAGAGUGAGCAAGGACCCUACGACGAUGUGGAAAUCAGUGAGAGUUCUUGGGGGAAGGUGGAUCAAUCUCCUUCCAAGAGCAAACGGAAGCCUCGCAAAGUGAAAGAACGUCCUGUGGUUGGCUUAGCGACCCACGAGCGGCUGAUGGAAGCUCGCUUGAAGUGGUGCACUGAUACCCUAGAAGAGGGCCGGAGCGAUGAACAGCCGCACAUCGAGGACCAAAAGACUUGGUGUGAUCGCUGCAUCGUUUGCCUGGGCCCUCGUUAUGUCAUUCAUUUGACCGACUUUGAGAGAGAUGCUGUGUGGCACAUGCGACGGCAUGUUGUCAACAAUCCAAAGCCAGAUGAUGCAGACCUCCAGAAACAGGUGCUGCUACUUUGGAACACCGCCUUUCCAGAUCAAAAGCUGGAGAUGUUCGAGAAGGGACAAAGAUGGAAGAAGCUGGGCUUCCAGGGAACGGAUCCUAGCACGGAUGUGAGAACUGGAAGCUGGCCCUUGGAGCAGCUGGUCGCCCUGGCGACCCACCAUCCGAUCGAAUUCCGACGCAUGGUUCAGGAGGCUUCAGAUCCUUCUUCAUUCUAUUUAUUUGCGAUCUCGUGCUUCAACGUUUCGCAUAUGUUGGUUCUUUUCUUUGACCUUCACACCUUCGCGUCUGUUUCCCCAAUAGGUAAGGUGGCGCGUGCCAGCAAGCGUCAACUCCGCAAUCUGGCACGGCUGGUGGUGCGAGAGUGUCAGGCCAAUGAUGUAGAUGUUUCAGCCAACAUUUGCAAACUGGUGCUCAACGAGGUCUUUAUGGAGCUGUUAGGAGUGGUUCACAGAGAUUGGAUGCUACUGAGCCAAGCAGGUGCAAAGACUAGCCUCAUUGAUUUUCCCAAGGCUCUUCGCAAAGGCUAUGACGUGAACUCAUCCUUCUGGGAAAGGCAGCUGAAGCGCAUCAUGGCAGGAGUAGCGGCAAGGCUAAAGGCCAUAGGAAUCACAGACGUCGUUAGCUGGAACUAUCCAGUCUAUCCCAUUCAAUUGGAUACUCAUUGGGUUUCCUGUCAUGUUCUUGAACAGUUUCUUGUGCAGGAAGGGCUGUGA